AUGUCUGGAGAAAAACUGGAGUUCAAGGAUAGGGUGGUUGUGGUAACGGGAGCAGGAGGUGGUUUAGGUAAAGUGUAUGCAUUAGAAUAUGCCAAGAGGGGCGCUAAAGUUGUGGUGAAUGACUUGGGCGGCUCGUUGGGCGGUUCUGGCGGCAGCACUCGAGCAGCCGAUGUAGUAGUGGAAGAGAUCAAGAAAAACGGAGGUGUUGCGGUAGCUAAUUAUGACUCGGUUAAUGAGCAUGGAGAGAAGAUAAUUCAAACGGCGAUCGACAAUUUCGGUCGAAUUGAUGUGUUGAUCAAUAACGCGGGCAUUCUGAGAGACGUCUCUUUUGCUAAGAUGUCGGCGAAGGAGUUUGGAUCUGUCGUGGAUGUUCACUUGAACGGUGGUUACAAGCUGUGCAAAGCCGCCUGGCCGCAUAUGCUUUCUCAAAAGUUCGGGAGGAUUAUCAAUACGGCUUCGCCUGCGGGAUUAUACGGAAACUUCGGACAGGCAAACUAUUCAGCGGCCAAGCUCGGUUUGGUCGGGAUGGCAGAAACCUUAGCGAAGGAGGGUUACAAGUAUAACAUCCGAGUGAAUGCGAUCGCUCCACUGGCAAGGUCAAGAAUGACUGAGAAUGUUUUGCCGCCACAUAUUCUUAAACAGCUAGGACCGGAGAAAAUCGUUCCACUGGUCCUUUUUUUAACGCAUGAGUCGACGCAAGUAACGAAUUCUAUUUUUGAGCUUGCCGCCGGCUUUUAUGGGCAGAUUAGAUGGGAGAGAUCAUCUGGUCAAAUCUUCAACCCGAACCCAGAGACAUUCACACCAGAAGCAAUAUUAAACAAAUGGGAAUCUAUCACGGAUUUUAGAGAUAAAUCAUUUAACAAGGUACAGCACCCAGUUCAGCUCUCAGAUUACAACGAUUUGAUAACUAAAGCUAAGAAGUUGCCCGCUCAAAACGAUCAGGGAUCAGUAAAAAUCGAAUCGCUACGCGGAAAAGUCGUUAUUAUAACUGGGGCCGGAGGAGGCCUUGGGAAGUCGCAUGCUGUCUGGUUUGCAAGGUAUGGUGCCAAGGUUAUCGUGAACGAUAUUCGCAAUGCUGACGUCUCAGCAAGCGACAUUAAUAAACAGUUUGGAGAUGGGACCGCAAUCCCCGAUGCACACAAUAUAGUUACCGAAGCUCCUCAGAUCAUUGAGAAUGCCUUGAAGAAUUUUGGCCGUGUUGACGUGCUGGUUAAUAAUGCGGGCAUCCUGCGUGAUAGGUCGUUCAAGAAAAUGACAGAUGAUGAAUGGUUUGCUGUGAUAGAGGUUCAUCUGUAUGCCACAUUUGCCAUGUGCAAAGCAGUUUGGCCGGUGUUUUUGAAGCAGAAAUCGGGCUACAUCAUUAACACUAGUUCAACCUCAGGUAUUUACGGUAACUUUGGACAGACAAAUUAUGCUGCGGCCAAGGCGGCUAUUCUUGGUUUAUCCAGAACUCUUGCCAUUGAGGGUGGUAGAAAAGGUAUCAAGGUCAAUAUUAUCGCCCCUCAUGCAGAAACUGCUAUGACGAAGACCAUUUUCACGGAGAAAGAACUAGUGAACCAUUUUGAGCCUUCACAGGUCUCUCCAUUUGUCGUUCUGCUGGCAAGUGAGGAACUUCAAAGGAAAGGCGGUGGAAAGGGCGUUAAUGGACAGUUAUUCGAAGUCGGCGGUGGCUGGUGCGGCCAGACAAGAUGGCAAAGAAGCGAAGGAUUUACCGCUGUCACAGACUCAAUAGAACCAGAGGUUAUCAAAAACAACUGGAAACAGAUCACGAAUUUUGAGUCCGGAACUAUCAAUCCAAGUACCACGGAAGAGUCCUCUAUGGCAAUAUUGCAGGCUGUUCAACAGGCGCAAUCGUCCAAAAGUUCUAAGGAUAUUUUUCGUUAUACCGAGAGAGACUGUAUAUUGUACAACCUGGGCCUUGGGGCAACGAGUCAAGAGUUGCAGCUAACCUACGAAAAUGAUCCUAACUUCCACGUCCUGCCCUCAUUUGCUGUCAUUCCCUUCAUGACAAGCAUCAGAGCGCUCAAUAUGAACAAGCUAGUAGAAAACUUCAAUUUUGCCAUGCUUCUUCACGGAGAACAAUAUUUCAGACUGGGUGAAUAUCCACUACCAACCAAAGGUUCCCUGAAGACUGUUGCCAAACCACUUCAAAUCUUGAACAAGGGGGGGAAAGCAGCUAUAAUAGUAGGUGGGUUUGAGACGUACGAUGUGAAAACUAAGAAGCUACUGGCCUACAAUGAAGGGUCAUUCUUCAUAAGAGGCGCCCGCACACCAGGUGGCAAACAAAUUAUUAAAGGUGAAAGGGCAAAGUUCGCCGUACAGAAAUUCGAAGCCCCAGACAGAAAACCCGAUUUUGAAAUUGAAGUCGCUACUCAUAAGGAUCAAGCUGCCCUCUACAGGUUAUCUGGAGACUAUAACCCACUGCACAUCGAUCCUAACUUGGCCAAGGCUGUUAGGUUCCCUCGUCCGAUACUACAUGGAUUAUGUACUCUGGGUGUCAGCGCUAAAGCUUUGCUUGACAAGUUUGGUCCUUACUCCGAGUUGAAAGUAAGGUUCACAAACGUUGUCUUCCCGGGUGACAAGUUGAAAGUCAAGGCCUGGAAGCAACCCAAUGGUAUCGUUAUCUUCCAGACCGUGGACCUUGACAGAGACGUUGUUGUCUUGAACAACUGCGCUAUUAAAUUAGUGGGAUCAGACUCUAAGCUCUGA